AUGGCGGCCCGUAACCCUGGCCCUGUAUUAAAUCCUCCUCCCGCAGGGUUUCCUUCUUUUAAUCAGCGAGUGCAGCGUGACAUUUUGUCGCGAAUUGCCUUCGAUACUCACGAAGUGAACGGUAGAGUCUACCGAAACGUGUAUGAGAACCUUGGCUUCAAGGGGCCUGUACCAAUAAUGCACAAAGUGGGCAUAGGGCGCAUUCGAAUGCGCUGCAUGAUGGGUGGUUACAGUCGGGGUGUAUUUCGUUUUACUCGGUUGGCCAGGAUGGGCAUGAUGCAGCUGGCGCGGGAGGGCUGGCUCAAGCGAUACGGCUACAGACCCCACCUUUUCCGAUAG